AUGCACAGAAAACAACUUCAAUCAAUGGCAGCAGCUAAUGAUGUACACCUGGUUAAGCAGCACAAAUCAAAACAUAAAGGAUACAAGAACCAACCAUUUCAGCAACCUAAACAACAACAACAACAACACAGAAAUUAUCAUAACAUUCAAAAACAAGAUGGAAGAAAACCACUGAAAUGUCAACGAUGUGGACAGAACACUCAUAGACCAGGGUCAAAAUGUCCAGCUGAACAUUCAACGUGUUACGCAUGUGGAAAGCAAAAUCAUUUUGCAAGCGUUUGCAGAUCUAGAAAUAAAAACGUUGACAAUGUGAAAUAUUCUGAAUACAAUUAUAGUGACAACGUUCAAUCGGAAAAUCAGGAUUAUUACGUUGAUAUGGUAAAAUUUUCAUCUUCUACUCCUGAUCGUGCCUUUGUUCCAAUUAAUGUCGGUCCUUCCCAUAUUCCUGUUAAAUUUAAGAUAGAUACUGGGAGCGCGGUAGAUAUUCUACCAUUGAGCCAUUAUGAGAAAUUAAAGAUAAAACAACCUCUUGAAAUCGCAGAAAAUAGAUUAACAUCGUACACAGGCAACAUGUUACCUGUAUGCGGUAUAAUAAAUCUGUUAUUGCGCUACAACAACAAGACUAGCGAGUCAUUAUGUUAUGUUGUUGAUAGUCCGACAGUCCCGCUGCUAAGUUUACAAUCGUCUGUUAACUUAGGCCUGAUAAAGCUCACCUAUUCAAUAGACAGGUCAAAUACAGAAUUAGAUAAACAAAGGGUCAUGUCAGAGUAUGGGAACUUAUUCCAAGGUGUAGGGGUUAUCCCAGGUGAAUGUAAACUUCACAUUAAGAGUGAUGCUGUUCCUGUAAUAAACGCACCUAGGCGAGUGCCGGAAGCUUUAAGGGACAGGCUUCACGAAGAACUCCAGCGCAUGGAGAGUGAUGGAAUAAUAACUAAGGUCACUGAACCCACGGACUGGGUGAACUCCCUAGUCAUUGUAGAAAAACCAAAGACAGGUAAACUCAGAGUUUGCCUUGAUCCAAAAGCUUUAAAUGAGGCUAUAAGGCGACCUCACUACCCAAUGCGUACUAUUGACGACGUUACAUCAAGACUGACUGAUGCAAAAUACUUCAGCAUUCUUGACAUUACACACGCAUACUGGAGCAUCAAACUUGAUGAACAGUCUUCAUUAUUAACAACCUUCAGCACGGUAUUCGGCAGAUACCGUUGGUUAAGACUCCCAUAUGGCAUAUCUGCAUCGAGUGACAUAUUCAUGCAGAAAGUAGAUGAAAUUUUUGAAGGAUUGCAGGGUCUAACAGCCAUAGUAGAUGACAUUUUGAUAUAUGGGAAGACACGUGAAGAACAUGACGCAAACUUGCGUAACGCCCUUGAAAGAGCACAUUCCAAGGGAGUAAAGUUCAAUCCGGACAAAUGUAUAAUCGGGGUAAAUGAAGUCCCAUUCUUUAGUCACCUUAUAACAUCAACAGGGUUAAAGCCAGAUCCUAGUAAAAUAGAGGCAAUUAUGAACCUCAAAAACCAGAAAAUAGACAGCAACUUGAAAAUGUUCUUGGUAUGGCAAAUUAUCUGCAAAAAUUCUCUCCAAACCUAG